GGGCUCGGCUGCAGGUGCCUCGCCGCGCAGACUCGCGGACCGCGGGGACCGGCUCGGGAGCGGGGCCGGCUGGGGCGGGGCGGGGCGGCGGCGCGCGUUCCCCGCCGGCCACACCGGCCGCCCUGCACUCGGCGAGGGGCGUGUGGGCGGGCCGGGCUCCCGCGGGCCCCAUGUUCACCGAGCUGAGGUCCAAGCUGAGCCCCCCGCGAGGCCGCGCCGGGGCCGUGCGCGCGGACUUCGGGGAGCGCCGGGAUGUGGACGGCUCUGUUCACUUGCAGAUACCAUACAGAGCCUUCAUUCAUUCACAAUGUUGUGGGGUGCCCCAUGUAACAAGACCCAGAUCAAAAUGUCUGCCUCCCCCAGACUCAGCCACUGCCCACUUCAACUUCUGCCGGACACUCCUGGAGCACACGGUGUCAGCUGAGAGCAUCCCCUGCCACUUGCCUCGGACACCUGGCACCAGCCUCACGUGGCAUGACUCCCGAAGCCAGAGGGCGGCCAGCAGCAGGCCAAUCAAGCUCCUGCAGCAGCCGGGCACAGAGACCCCCGAGGGCCGGCUGUACUCUGACCACUAUGGGCUGUACCACACGAGCCCCUCACUGGGCGGCCUGACCCGGCCUGUGGUCCUGUGGAGCCAGCAGGACGUGUGCAAGUGGCUCAAGAAGCACUGUCCCCACAACUACCUCGUCUACGUGGAAGCCUUCACACAGCACGCCAUCACCGGCCGGGCACUGCUGCGGCUGAAUGCGGAGAAGCUGCAGCGGAUGGGGCUAGCCCAGGAGGCCCAGAGGCAGGAGGUGCUGCAGCAGGUUCUCCGCCUGCAGGUGCGUGAGGAGGGGCGGAGCCUGCAGCUGCUCAGCCAAGCUUCCUUUGGAAAGAUGUCCUAGCUGCUGCUGAGGCUUGAACCCCAGACCCCAGCACUGUGACUGGAGUCCAGGACUAGGGAGGAGGCAGAGCUGGCCCCAUAGCCCCUCCUGGACCCUGCAAGAUGGCCCGGUGGCCAGGCUGGCCCAAUGGACGGACAACACCAGGAUCACCAGCUCCAGGCGCCUCUGGUUAGACACUCCAGGCUGUGCCCUGGGGCUGGGUGGGCAGAGGGCUGCUUGAGCGUGGCCCCACCUCCUGGGACCUGAGCCCAAGCCCUCCCCUGGUGCUGCUGGCAACACGUGAGGCAGCUGCCUGGAGCCAGAGCCAGUUUCGAUGUCCCCGCCAGACUCCCAGGGAGUCUGUUUAUUUAUGUUCCCUUCCCCAUGUGAUGUCUGUCCCCCAUUGCCUGCUAAGCCACUUGUCUGCCCACCCCCAGCCCAGUUCUCAGCCAUUCCCCAGCACCUCCAGGUGGGCCCACACAGGUGCCAUGAGCUGCCUGGGCUCCCUGUGGCUUGUGCCCAUGCCUCUGCCAGGGCCCAGCAGGCAUCAUCUAGAGUAGUGGCCAUCAGCACCCACCCAAAGGGAUCAUGCCAAGCACUUUCAUCAUUAUUGAUGCAUCCUCACCACACCCCUCUAUUCAUGAGAAGUGAAGCUGAGAAAGGCCCAGACUGACCAAGCGCCAGAGACAAAAUAUGGCACAAUGAGGGCCCAGCCCUGUCUGGGUGGCUACACGCCUGGGGCCCAGGCUCAGCAGUGCUCCCUGCCCUGUCUUUGGGAAACUCUUGCUUUCACGCGUCUUCUCCACUCCCACCUUCAAGGAACUAGGGCCUUUCGUAUGGGCCCUCCCAUUCCCACUUUCCCAAGAAGGCCUGGAUUCAGAGGGGAGGCCUUCCCAGGGCUGCUACCCCUAGACUUGCCCAGAGGCCCGAGCAGCCCCUCCCUGGGUGGUUUGGGGCUGGUGCUGCCUGGCAGGACAGUGAGGGCAGCCCGCUGCCCCCGCCCUCUUGCACCCCUGCCCUCUCCUGAUACCCUCGGGGCUUCUGAAAAUCUCAGGGACAGAUGAGGCUGAGCCCCCAGCCAGCCUCCAGACUCGAGGCUGGUCACUGCGGGUCCCAGGUGGAAUUUGACAACUGGCCUGACUGCUCCCAUACCGUGAGCCCCCACCUCGCGGAAACCCUCAUCCCUGUCCCAUGUGGAACCCCGAGAGAGGAUUCCGCCCACCAUCAGCCGGCUCUCCGGUUCUGUUCCCCUCCCUCCUCCUCUGUCUUGCCCUGCCCCACGCACGCCUGUCUCGUCUUCCUUGUUUUAUGCUCACUUUUUUAUACCCUGACAAAAAAAAAUCAAAAAUAAAGCUGGUUCCCAAGUG